AUGGGAAAGAGCAAAAGCAUUGUCUUCCACUUCACCACCGAGCGCAUGUAUCCCAGGCAGCUUGGCCUCUCCCUCGACGACAGCAAGCGCAUGUGGCUGAAGAUGUUCUUUGCCGAUACUGAAACGCUCGAGUGCAAUCUGGCUAUGAUGCAGGCCGCCAAUGAGACAUACCUCGGACGCGGCGAAACCUCUCCCAGAGCCCUGACAAGCCUGGCAAGCCUGACCGAGACGUUUGCGCGCGUCCAGCAGCGCAUCCUCGGCCCGGACGCGCUGGCCGACUCGACCUUGACCAUUUUCAUCUCCCUUGUCAACUAG